AUGGCACCUCCUGCCUCAGGUCCUGGCGGCCCUGGCGGUGUUCCACCACUCCCGGCGCUUCUGCGAGGCCCAGGACGAGAAACGAGGAGACACGAACGGCCAGCAGACCCUCGACUGAUCACCGCCGAGAUUUCCAGGUUGGGGACGGAAGGUGCUUGGCAAGAUGCGCUUCAAGUGGUCGAGUCCUUCCGUGCCAGUCAGGGGCAGGUCAACAUUUUCCACUACAAUGCGGCCCUGGCUGCCUGUGGCCGAGCAGAUCAACUGUCUGUCGCAGUGGCCUACUCGCAGGAGAUGCGAGAGGGUAGAGUCGCUUUGGAUGCCUACAGCUACGGCAGCUUGAUGCGUGCAGCCGCGGGCAAGGGCGACGGGGCAACAGCGCUGGCCCUGCUCGAAGAGAUGCAGACAGAAGGCAUUGCUGCCAAUGCGGUGGUCUGCAGUGCAGCCGUUACAGCUCUUGUUCGCAGCGGUGACUGGCAUCGAGCACUGGAGCUGUUCCAGGUAACGCGGGAACGUGGUGAAGUUGUGGAUGCAGCGCUGCUGACAGCUGCGCUGGCUGCUUGUGGAGCUGGUGGGCGGUGGGAGGAGGCGUUGCAGCUUCUUAAAGAUGUACCCGAGAAGCAAUGUGCGGAUGUUCAAACCUGGAAUGCUGCGAUCGCUGCGUGCGCAAGCGCCGGCAGAUGGAAAGAGGCAUUGUGGCUUCUAGAGGAGGAGAUGACCGCGGAGCCUGACCUCUACAGCUACAACUCCGCAAUAACGGCAUGUGAAGAUCGACACUGGGAGAGGGCGCUGCACCUGGUAAUGUGCCGCAUGGGGGAGCGCCAGCUGCAGCCAGAUUCUGUUAGCUUCACCGCGGCCAUUUGCACUGCGCGGGAGGAGCAUGACAUCGCGCUCAGCUUGUUGCACGAGAUGUUCAUCCGGGGGGUGCCUCGUACCGCUCGGACCUACGCGGCGCUCAUUGCCACGGCAGGACAGCACUGGGCGCAGGCGUUGGCACUGUUCAAGUACUCCAAGCAAGAGGGUAUUGAAGCCACGACGCAGCUCUGUGGCUCCACCUUGCGAGCGUGCGCAGCUGGGCGCCAGUGGGCUUUAGCUGUGGGCCUCCUGGAAGAGAUGCGAGGACAAAACGUGGCAGUCAACAACGAAGCCUGCCAUGCUGCCAUCAGUUCUUGCAUGGUCGCCUGGAACAACGAGGACCCAGGACACUGGCGUGAGGCCCUGGCUAUGGCGAGCACGCUGCGCCGUGCGGCACUGCAGCCAGAUACUGCCACAUAUGUGGCUCUGAUAUCUGCCUGCUCCUGCUGCAGCAGGUGGCAAGAAGCGUUGGCCAUCCACACCGAAGCGCAGCUAGAAGCCGCGUCGGAGGUGCCGACUAUGUGCACCAAUGCUCUAAUCACUGCUUUCGGGCGUGGUACAGAAUGGAGGCGUGCGUUGGAGGCUUUCGAGGCGGCAACUUUGCGCGAGAGGCCGACCGUUGUCACGUGCAACGCUCUCAUCUCUGCCUUUGCAGAGGGCUCCCAAUGGCCGAUGGCGUUGCAGGUGCUUGGCAGUUUGCCCGAGCGAUCUCUAGCGCCCACCGUCGUCACCAUGAAUGCGGCCCUUCAUGCCCUCGCCGGAGGCAGUCAUUACGCAGCUGCCCGGACGCUGCUAGGACGAAUGCCGGCUUUUCAACUCCAACCAGACUGCUGGAGCUUCACUGCCGUGAUGACUGCCUGUACCAGAGCGACAUGUUGGGAGGCAACCUGUGAGCUGCUGACGGAGAUGAUGAGGAAACAGAUUGACCCAGAUAUCUACAGCAUCAACAACAUGAUGUCAGCGCUUGCUGCCUCGCCGAGAUGGGAAGAGGCAUUGGUCCUGCUGAAGAACAUGCCCCGACUAGAGCUGGCAUCUUGCUUGCGGUUGAUGGCCACAUUCGGUUACCUGCGAUGGCUGCUGUCAGACGUUGCCCCUGCUGGCUUGGGGUGGUCCACGGAGAUUCUGGUGAUACCGGUGCCCUUGCUUUGGAAUCCAGAGCAACUUUGCGGUCAAGCAGUUAAGGCCCCUGGGCUCGCACCCGGAAAGCGUGACGAGGAGAUCUACCUCCCAGACACACCUGCGGAUGCUUACCACGAGUCCGAGGCGAGUAUCUCGCGAGCUUCGCGACCCGUCCCGGAGGCUGCCGCUGGCCGUGCAGAACCUGCAGGACUGACUUGCGGCUCGACGGUUCGAGUGCAAGGUCUCACAGGAGACUCUGCCGCAAGGCUCAACGGCGAGAAAGGUGCUCUCGAAAGCUGGAAUGCUUCUUCCAAUCGCUGGAACGUUCGACUGCGAAGUGGGGAAGUGAAGGCCAUUCGCCCCGAGAAUCUGGAGGAGGUAGCUGGCGGCUAUGGUUCACAAAAGGCGCCAACACACACAGCCGAGUCCCUUCAGGACGACCCGCCUUUGUUGGAGAUAUGGAGCCGACACCGCGAGAACUCGGAGCGAGCCAAGGCAGCCAAGAAACUUCUCGGGGGCAUGGACGCGCCACUACAGAAGCUGGACCUCACGGUCCCUCCCGAGCUUCUUGAGCAGGUGAAGCGGAGCCGUGCAGAUGAUGCUGCUGAUGUCGAUCCCGACUCACGUCUGCUGGCAUCGGUUCAAGAUGAGCGGAUAGCCUUGGACGAGUUGGAUUCCGACCUUCAGCCCGGACUUGACGGCGUGACGGAGGGAGGUGGCACACGUGCAGCUGUGACAGAUGCUCAGGCUCCGAGCUACCGGCGUCACCACUCGACGGCCUGUGUCAAGGCGGGAUUGAGCCCACCAGAAUUGUCCACAGAGGCAGAUCUCAAGCACUGUCACAUGCUGCAGUGGUGCGCGGGGGAUGCGCCGGCGCAGCCGCACGAGGAGCCCACUGAAGCUUCAGCCACGCCGACGGGACAGCCGACCGCCGCGCCCUUGCUUCCGUUGCGGAGCCGUGGUGGUCGUGCCGAGAACGACCGUGGUGAUCGGCGGCGGUCCAGAGAACGCCUUCAGCCUCGGUCGAGCUCUCGAUCCUUGGGCCGGAGGCAAACUGCGACCAGGGAAGCACUUCCUCGACGUCGGCGCAAUGAUGAGGAGCGGAUCCCGGAGCCAGCGCCGGAGAAGGAGGCCCGGCCUCGGCGGAGCAAAUGGGACGAUCGAGGAGAUGGCAACUCCCCCUCAACCCAGACUCAGACGGGUUUACCGGACUGGCUGAAGGACUUGGAGGGCCCUCUGUCCGGGAAGCCAGUUCCGCAGAUUGUGGUUCCAGGCCCAACGACGAGCAGGUCGCAGCUCCCAAACUUGCUUGGGCAGAGGCACAAAACAAUGAUGCUGAAGGCGGUGCAGAUCAGAGUCCUUCUUGGCAGAGGAGGUGAAACAAUCAAAAGCAUUUGCGAGAAGGCGAAUGCAGAGAUCAAAGUAGAUCAUGACCGCAUUGCCGAUGAAGGCGAAGUCACCAUCGUCGGGGAGAUAGAGAAAGCCGAAGUCAUCAUCCGAGAAACUUUGGCGGCCAAAGGUUGCCCGCUCCCUGAAGAUGAGGCCAAUCAGCCCGACGAAACAGACCUCGUUGUCCCGCCAGAUGUAGUAGGGCUCUUCAUCGGGAAAGGUGGCGAGCAUGUCAAGGCCAUCCGAGAAGCUUGUGGCGGAAACCUCUUCAUCGGAGUCAUUCCUCCUGCCCAAGGGAAUGGACCUCACAAAAUUCAGAUCAUUGGAGAUCAGAGAGAAAAAGCUAAAGCCAUGGUGCGCCAGCGGCUGAAGGAGCUGGUGGACACAGAGGACAAGAAGCUCCGGCCGGCAGAGAUUCCGGUUUCAAGCCUUGCGGGCAGGCAAAGCUUUGGUCCAGGCUCAGGCGGCCUCGGGCCGGCGGGGCCGCUUGGGCUUCGGCCUCCUGGCAUCUCGGCACCGCGUGCUCCCAUGCCCGGUCUCCCCCUGACGGUGCCGAUGCGGCCCAUCACGCCAAUGGUGCCCUUGAAUCCGGUGAGUCAUGUGAGCGCCAGUCCCAUGGUGAGCCCUGUCCUAGCAAGCCCCUUCGCUGCGCCCACACGCCCUGUGGUCCGCCCCCGAGCGCAGACACCUGCCCCGAAUGCCCCGAACCUCGGCCUCGACAACAUUCCUCCUGCGCAGCGCCUCUUGGCCGCCCACGCGAGACCAGCAUCAGAGAAUCUGAUGCCUGAUGUUGCGAGCUGGGGCACCUUCGGUGCUGGCCCGGAACCGUUCCAUGGUGCCACAGAACCGGAGGCAGAGGAAGCUGAGGAGGAGAAUCCCUGGCUCGGAAUCGUCCCAGAGUGUGAGCUUCCAACCUGA